AUGUUCCGUGAGAACACUGCCGCUGGCGCCGUCAACAUUGGCGUGUACAUCACACCUGGCAAGGGCGCCAGUCUCCAAUACAGGAAUGGCACCAACAUCCUGGCCUCGAACGGUCCCAACACAGUCGGCCCAGUUGCCCCAUACUACGUUCGUCUGGACAAGUCACAAUCCCAGUACACUGGCUACAUCUCUGACGAUGGCAUUACCUGGACCAUCAUCGGUGGACCCUACACCCUGGGCACAUCCGCAUCAUCCAUCACCAAAGGUCUUGCUGUCAGCAGUCACAACAAUGCAGCCCUCUGCACUGCCGUGUUUGACAAUAUCAUAGUCUAA